UUUGCAGGCCCAAGCUAAGUUCGUCCUUUUGGUUUAAUCGGGCGGGCCCAACCAAUUGGACGAGUCUGCGAUUUCAAAAUCGCAUCGCACCCAGGAAGGUCUGGCGGGACUUCACUCAUCGUCUUUCACUUCUGCAAAAACCCCACCGCUUUUAAAUUUCCAACGCAGUCGUUUUAGACGGAGAAGGAUAAACAGCUUUGGAAGGUAGAAUUGAGACGCGCCGAUAAUGGAGAGACAGAGGCGCGUGGUGGUGUGCGCCGAGAACGAAGAGCUUGCGGCGUAUAUGCUGAAGAAAUGGGAUGAGAUGGCGAACCAACGGCCCAAAGGGAUCACCGAGAAUGUCGAAAUGACUCUCACUAAGGCUUAUUCCAAUCUCUGCGCUUCCAAAACCCCUAUCCAAACUCUCAAAGAAUUUUCCCAGAUCAAGGGUGUGGGAAAGUGGAUUCUGAGGCUUAUGCAAGGGUUCUUUGAGACUGUUUCGGGAAAUUCUGAACCUGAAGACUUGGCCAAAAAGAAGGUUUUCGUUUUUGAUCGUUUAGGUAAGAAAACCAAAGGCGCCAGGCGCUAUAUGCCACAGAAGAAUUCUGUAGCAUAUGCAUUGCUAAUUACCCUUUACAGGGGAACUACAAAUGGGAAUGAAUUUAUGCGUAAACAGGAGCUUAUCGAUGCAGCAGAAGCAAGUGGACUUUCCCGAGUGCCAAUUGCGCCAGAAAAGGGAAAAGGAAAACCUUCGCAGUUUGGAAGUUCUCCUCGAGAAUGGUAUAGUGGAUGGUCAUGCAUGAAGACAUUGAUAACCAAGGGGCUUGUUGUCAAAUCAAGUUGCCCUGCAAAAUACAUGCUAACUCAAGAAGGUAAAGAAGCAGCACGUGAAUGUCAAAUGAGAUCUGGUUUGCCUGAUACCUCAGAGAAUGCUGCUGAUUCUGAAGGAUCUAGUGAUCUGCAGCUUGUAAAUCUUGAGUCAGAUGAUGAGGCAACAACGUCAUCUGUUGAUUUGAAUAGGCAGAAGCCAACUGAUAUUCCUCCUGAAUGUAUCGAGAGGUUUAUGCGCAUGGGGUACCCUAGGGAACGCAUUCUUCAAGCUUUCAGUGAAAUUGCAGAUCCUUCCAAGAGGAAUAUAUCUUCACUCUGGCCGUCAGUCUUAUGUCGUCUUCGUGAAGAUGAGGUUUAUGGUUGUCAUUCAAAGUCUCAGUCUGCAAGAGAAGAUUUCCAUACAACAUCAACCACUUUGGAAACAACUACUAAAAGCUCAUUGGAUUACCAAAAAAAUGGUCAAGUAACAGGAUCAUCCCAUGAAGCUGCACAGGCGGCGAAGUUCAGUUCUGCUGAUUCUGUGCCAAAGCCUUUUACCAUGAGAGCUUGCUCAUCAUCCGUGCAAAGAUCAAGUUCAAAUGACAAGGAAGCAGGGCUGAGUGUUUUGUCUAUGCCACCUCUGGCCUUUGGAGAGAGAUUUGAAGAUGUCUAUGAAGUAAUCUUAAUAUUGGAUGAUCGAGAGCAGUUUGCCACUCAGGGGUCACGGUGUAGAAGAAUCAUUGAGAAUAUUCGUUCUCAAUUCAAAAUACAAAUACAGGUUAGGCGACUACCAGUUGGAGAUGGAAUCUGGAUUGCUCGCCACAAGUAUCUUUACACUGAAUAUGUGCUUGAUUUUAUUGUUGAAAGGAAGAACAUUGAUGAUUUACGCUGUUCAAUCAGAGAUAAUCGCUACAAGGAUCAGAAACUAAGGCUUUUGAGGUGCGGACUUAAGAAACUGAUAUAUCUUGUGGAAGGUGACCCAAAUUCCUCUGAAGCAGCAGAGAGCAUAAAAACAGCCUGUUUUACAACAGAAGUUCUGGAGGGAUUUGAUGUGCAGAGAACCAGUGGCUUGAGCGACACACUGAAGAAAUAUGGUUAUCUAACUCAAGCAAUAACUCAAUACUACAAAUCACAGAUUCCUGAGGAACGGUGUAAAGAUACUGGGAUCUGUCCACCUUUUGAUGAAUUUAUCAAAAGGUGCCAAGACUUGGAUAAAAUGACCGUCAGCGAUGUGUUUGCCAUUCAGCUCAUGCAGGUACCUCAGGUGACAGAGGAAAUUGCCAUAGCUGUUCUGGAUAUAUAUCCAACACUUCUAUCUCUUGCCCAUGCAUACUCUCGACUCGAUGGUGAUGUUGCUGCACAAGAGGACAUGCUUAGGAAGCAAAGUAGAAAUGCUAUCAAUGGAGUUGCUAGUAGGAACAUUUUCCAGUUAGUUUGGGGCAAUUGAUUUCUACAUAUGCUCCUUCAUCUCAAAGGAGGGUUUUUGGCACUAGGUAUCAUUUCUGUAAAAUGUAAAAGAUAUAUGCUUCAAUCCUUUGGGGUGUGAAUGUAAAUGAGAUGUGAAGACCAUAGUUAUAAAGAUUUUAAAUAUAAGCAGCAUUCUGCCUAUUAUACUCUGCUUUUUCA